AGGUGGGGUAUCCUAACUAGCGCGAAAUUACUAUGGAAUAUUAACUUUAAAUUCCGUGUGCUAAAAAGUGUGCACUUGUGUAGUUUAACGAUGGUAACCAGUUAGCCUGUUCAUUGGAUCGCGUUAGAUAUUGUUGAGUGUUGCAAUAGUGUUGCCGUUGUGACUGAGUCGCGUGGAGAACGGGGCGAACCCUAAUUUCAUCGCUGCUGUGCUAAACACCAAGCAGCUCGAGACCCGUCUAGGCCCGAGGAUGUUGGCGCGUUCAACCUCGAUGCGGUGCACUGGCAAAAACGGGACAAGAGCGGCAGAUGUGCACCGCCUUGGCAAACUUGAUCAUUUUUUGUGAUCAUCGGUGCGUCGCGGCGUUUUCUCUCCCGCUCUGAACGUCUACUCCCCACUGCUUUUGUGCUCGCUCGUAUGUAGGUGCUGCAUUUCUCACAGAGUGGGUCAUAGUGAACGCUUGUGCCAUCAUUCUUCACCCCCCGGCCCGUGCCAGUGGAGAACUCCGGGCGGACGGGCAGAUUGACUGACACAAGGUUAGCCUGCCGCCGCCACAGCCUCAUAACACUGCUGUACUGUCUAAAGUGCCUCUCAGAUUUCUCUGGUGGUGCUGGCCAUAGCGCCAUGGCUCAGACCCUUCAGAUGGCGAUCCCAAACUUCGGCAACAAUGUCUUGGAGUGUUUGAAUGAGCAGCGCCUGCAGGGGCUAUACUGUGAUGUGUCCGUGGUGGUUAAAGGACACACCUUUAAAGCUCACCGUGCUGUGCUGGCGGCCAGCAGCUCCUACUUCCGAGACCUCUUCAACAGCAGCGCGGGCAGCAAGACCCCCACGGUGGUGGAGUUGCCCCCGGCAGUACAACCCCAGAGCUUUCAGCAGAUCCUGGCCUUCUGCUACACUGGCCGCCUCAGCAUGAAUGUAGGAGACCAGUUCCUGCUCAUGUACACGGCCGGCUUUCUCCAGAUCCAGCAGAUCAUGGAGAAGGGCACAGAGUUCUUCUUGAAGGUCAGCUCGCCUAGCUGUGACUCCCAGGGCCUCCAUAAUGAAGAGACCCCUCCUUCAGAGCCUCAGAGUCCUGUCACCCAGACGGCUGCAGGAGCUGUGGCCAACGGAGGUGGUGGGGUGGUGGCUACGGCUGCCAGUCGGCCUGCUUCCUGCCUGACCCCGCUACCCCUGGUAUCUCGGGUGAAGACGGAGCAGCCAGAGACUUCGCCCUACUCGGUGGUAUGCACACCGGUGGCCAAGCGGCUCUGGGAAGGAAGCAAUCGGGAAGGUGGAGCCUCGGGUGGAUCGGGCGGAGGUGGGAUGAGGAAGGCGGCUCGCUUCUCCCAAGAGAUGGCACGCGGGAGUGCUAUCCAGCAGCAAGGUAGCAUGGGACUUGGUAUGAGUCUUGGAAUGGGCACAGGGAACCACGGCGGGAGCACCAAUGGAAAUGGCAAUGGCACAAGCAGUGCCACUCCUGAAGGCACCAGCCCAGGUACACUGAGUGCUUAUGCCAGUGAUUCGCCUAUCUCUUACCAUGAUGAUGAGGAAGAGGAGGAGGUAGUUGAUGACGGCACUGAAGAGCAGUACAGGCAGAUCUGCAACAUGUACACCAUGUACAGCAUGCUCAACGUGGGCGCUACAGCAGGUGAGCGUGUGGAGGCCCUCCCUGACCACUCAGAGACACGGCCCAGGAUGCGUGGGCGACAGGAUCUUGCCUCUCUCCCCGCUGAGCUCAUUGCUCAAAUCGGCAACCGCUGUCAUCCCAGACUUUAUGAGGAGGGCGACCCUGCAGAGAAACUAGAGCUAGUUUCAGGCACCAGUGUGUACAUCUCAAGAGCUCAACUGAUGAACUGUCACGUCAGUGCAGGGACAAGACACAAAGUUCUUCUGAGGAGGCUGCUGGCUGCUUUCUUUGAUAGGAGCACUCUGGCCAACAGUUGUGGAACUGGCAUCCGUUCCUCAACCAAUGACCCUAGCCGCAAGCCACUGGACAGCCGUGUGCUGCAUGCAGUCAAGUUUUACUGCCAGAAUUUUGCCACCAGCUUUAAGGAGAGUGAGAUGAAUGCCAUUGCGGCAGACAUGUGCACUAAUGCUCGACGCGUGGUACGGAAGAGCUGGAUACCCAAGCUAAAGCUACUGAUGGCAGAGGGCGAUGCCUAUGCCAAUUUCCUCCCGGACAGCAUCAAGAUAGAAGCGGAUGGCCUGGGGCCGGAGCCUAACUUUGAGACGGCCAGCUUGGAGGGCGGCGCCGUGGAAACUGGAGGGUCAUCGGGCGAGUCUCUGCAGGGUGUGGGCGGAGACAGUGGCACUUUGUUUCAGUGAGUGUCCCAGCAAGGAAAGCCCCAUCCCCUCUGCCGCCCCACCUCCCACCCUGCUGUGUGAUUCUGGGCUCUGCUGCUUCUGACUGGGAUGGGAAGGGAGAGUCGGGUAGGAGUUUGGAGGAGAAAGCAAAGUCUGUAAAGGCUAGCGUAAGGAGGAACCCGAGGGUUUUAUGACAGGGGCACAAUUUUCUUUUCAAUCAUUUUUGUUUUUGCUAAAUAACCCUCUUUUGCACAGAAGAUCCCCUUGCCUCCAUGCUCUGCAAAUAGUUAUGUAGUCACUGAUUCUAUUGAAAUACAUAGCCUAAUUAGGACCAGGAAAAGAAGUUUAGUUUUCCUAUUUCACACACACACACACAGUCGCACCCGCUCUACUGGAGGCUGAGGUUCCCUGAUCUCACUGUACUGAAUUUGAAUGUAUCCGUUUGUAGCACCUGGCUAUGUAAGACUAGCCGAUUGUAUUUGGCCCAAGAAAGAGAGACAGGAGAAAUGCUUGUCAUAAGAGCUAAAGAACAGCAGAUGUAGAAAGUAGUGAAGGAGUAGGUGGCAUAUUCUGUCUCUCAUUCUGUCUAAAAUGGAAAGAAUUUGAUAGCCUCCUCUCCUUCCAUUCCUCUCGAAGUAUAUGUGGGAUCUUAGUCUGCCAAGUUCUUUGUUUUAUGCCGCCGUUUUCUUCCUCUCCCUUUUCUGCUUGUUUCACUGUGUGUGAUGGAUGAAUCCAGAGUUGAUGAAAAAUUAAGGACUGUAAAUGAUAAAAAUAUAUUUAUCUGCUCACAUAUUUGGAGUGCGAGAGAGAGGGAUUGUUUUAAAAUCUGUGUGUGUGUGUGUGUGUGUGUGUGUGUGUGUGUUUUCAAUGUUUGUGAAGAGACACCUUGUUGUGGGGCUUUAAGUGGAAAUAGUAAAAUAAUGAGGACUAUUUUUGCAUAAGGAUUAUCUUAAAUUUCAAAGACUGGUGCUUGGCUUGGAUCUGGAUGGCCCUCUUGUAUGAUUAUGUCCUAUUUGAUUGGCCCUUCAAUUUGUUUGUUGCCAGUUUUUACCAAUGACGUACGACUUUGGUUUGUUGAUUUGUGCCAUGGCUAACAUACAUACUGGUUCUAAUGGACAAGGAACCGGUUGAUUAAUCAGAAGUAAAGCAGGCAGAUUCAACAUGACUUUAAGAAUGACUUUGUGUAGAACAAAAAAUGAAAUGUUUUUAGUCUGUUAACCUUUUAGCUUUCUUGACCCCAACCCCCCACCCCCCACCCCCACCACCACCACCACCAUACAGAAACACGCAUUUACAGCCCUGGGGGAAGGGAAGUCAUGCUUCUUAUUGUUAGUCACUUUACUGUCUUAAUGUUUGAGCCUGACUUUGUGUGUUUAGGAGUGGAGGAGGGUUUACAUUGCCUGUGUCCCAGGAGAGGAAUGAUUGAGCUUCUCCAUGUUGCCCGUGUCCCUGUUUGGGCAGCUGUGUGUGCAUAUGUGAGUUUGAGCCUGUGCUCGCUUAGGCAAGCAUGUCUGUGUCCGCACAAGUCACCAUCUGUAUACAUUCCUUGCACAUAGUUGGUACUGCGCGUUUGCAUGUGGGUGAUGUGUUGAUUCGGGAAUUUAAGGAAUGUUUGUUUCUGUGUUUAUGCGUUGGUGGCACAUCCUGUACGGAUGCUUUUAAGAAAAUUCGCCCAUCUGAAAGUUUUCUAUAACCCAUGAACUUUUUGCAUAUCUCAGAUUUCCAUCAGGAUUUGAAUGGGAUUGCAGGUGAGGUCUUAAUGUCCGGUUAGGCAUGGCUUUAAAUGCACAUGUCUCGCUAAAACAGAAAAAUUAUAGUUUAGGCUAUUUUAAUAUUUCAUGUGUGUGCUUGUAUGUAUGUCUGUGUUGGGUCAUCUCCUGGGACACAACUGCCCCCUUGCUGAUAGAGGAAAUGGACCUCUUUGCACCUUUUCGUCGACUGAACAAGAGCUUUUUGCACCUUUUUUUGUAGAAAAGAUUGGUGGAUUGUGCACCUUUUUUGUAGAGCGUAAUCGAUGGUUUUUGGACUAAACGUGUAUGUGUCAGUAAUCUGGCCCAGAACAGUAUGCACCCCUGUGUCUGUGACCAGCCAUGCUGAAUACUGAUGUAAAUAUUGAAGAGACUGUUGAACAGAUUUUGACCACGUUUUUUAACAGGUCGUAUGUCUUUUUCAUUGAUGGCUUACAUUAGGUCUUUCACCCCUCUUGUUUUAACUCAUGUUUGCUCUUUCUUUUAUUUGCAUAACCAAGUCUGGCAUACCUGCUGUUUGUAUAUCUGGGAAUUGUAGUUCUUUUUUCUUUUUCUUUUUUCCAGGCUUAAGAGUCGUAGCAAAUAAAGUGAACUCCUGGCAAGUUUACUACUUCAAGUGGUCUGGUUCAGGUUUCAAACAAAAUGAGAUGACCUCUUUUUUUCGUACUAGAAAACAAUAAUGCCUCUUGUGUAGAAAUGUUUAACAUUGACAAGCCUGCAAAAUUGAUAUCUGGCAUUGAAAAUGUCACAGACUUGCAUGCAUCCAUUUCUUUCAUUUUGUUUCUCCAUUCUUUUUACAGCCCACAUGUACUGUAUUUACUUUAAAAAAAAAAAAAAAAAAAUACUACUAAUACAAGUUGAAAGAGUUGACUUGCCAAGUUUUUUUAAGGAUACAAUAUAGAGUUGUUUGAUGAUAGAGUACUGAGUAUUUUUUCAUUUCUUUGUAUUGACUAAAGUGCUGGGAAGGUGGGGCCAUGGUGAGGGAUGUAUUGGUGCUAUGUGUGCUAUUCUAUAGAUGUUUAAGGCCUGCUGGGUCACUGGUGCCUUUUCAGGAGGACAGUGGGUGAUGGACUGCGUGUAUCGCUGGGUGGAGCGGUGAGCAGUGGCGCUUUUCUCUCCUCUCGCCGGCAAUGACUGUGCCAGUGUUUAUGCGUCCUCCAUUUUGAUGGCACAGAUCACAUAUGCUGCAUGCGUUGCUGGAGAGGACUGGCUGUUUCUAUGCGCCACCUGCUGUCUGUGUGUUGUUACUGCAGCUUAGAUGUACUACUUACAGUCAUCACCAGGUGGUGUCAUACCUGAGAAAAAUGACGCUUUAACUGCUUGUUUGAGCAUCCCAAUCAGUUUGACACAGCAACGUUUGUCCAACCAACAGAAGCGUUAUUUUGCGAUUCAGCUUGGACACGCUAGUUGUGCAGAAAUUACACACUUCACCUUUAAAAAAAAAAAAAAAAUUAUAUAUAUAUAUAAUUUUUUUUUGGGGGGGGGAUAAAAUUAGGAUUUGCUUAUUUUUUUUUUUUUUUUACCCCAGUAUAUGAAAGGUUUCUAUAUAGUGGGAAUGAAGGGACCAGUGUUAAUAAAAAAAAUAAAUAAAAAAAAUUAAAAAAAAAAGGGCCAGGAUGUCCAUAUCAUGCUGCCUAUAUGUCUGAUCUCUAUUCCUGAGUAAAAGCACCUUUUCUAGGGUUCAUGUUUAUAGACCUGCUCCCCGGCACCUUGAAAUUCAGUCUGACUUUGUCAGAGAGCAGAUAGAUGGCAGACGUUUGCGGGGGGGGUGGAGAAAGAGUGUGAGAGUUUAACUGCCCAUUUAUCUUGUGAUUCUUCCUUUCAAAACAUUGUAAUACAGUCUGUUAAGGUAAUGAGCAUUGUAGAUCAUUUUAAAUUAGUAACCUGGCAGAAGCGAGUGAGAGUAUGGAGUGGUGUAUUAAAAAUGAAUAAGUGAACUUUUUGUCUCCCUCUCUGCAAAUGCAGAAAUUGGGCCCAUCAGUUCUGGAGCAACCAACUGGCUGUAUUUGCAGGUUUUCCUUUGGCUUGCAGCUUUCGUUGCAUUUUGUCAACCUAAGUCUCUUUAACCAGAAUGCAGCAUGGCUAUUCCACUCUAAACAACAGACGUACCACAUAAAGAUACUCUCACAUCUUUCUCUGCGUGUUGCGUUCUGUUCCAGCACACCCCAACACUCUGCUUUCAGUCCCUUCCCUAUAUGCGAUGACGAUGAUGAUGGUAGGGUUAUAUUUUCAAAUGUUUUUGUUAAGUAACAUGCGACAGUUGGACAAACUAGCGUCCAGGUGUCACGAAUUCCAGAGAAAUACAGACAGGAUGGGAAUGACAUCAACUCGCUUGAACACUCAAAUACAAAAAAAUAAAAAAAUGAAUUAAAAAAAUGGUUGUAAACCUUUUUUUACGAUGCAGUGUCUCACUUUCUAUGACUACAUCCCUAUACAAAUCUAUAUACUGUAUAUUACAUAGAAGCACUAAUGAAGUUUGAUUGUUAGUCGUGCACUCUCAGCAUGAGUUGUAACCCAUAUCCAGCUGUGCUCAUGCAGUGACCCUGUAAUGCCAGUGCUCAUCCACUCCAUUCUGUCUGUUCAAAGUGCCAAUAACUUUGUGAAUCCCUAACUGUGACCCAAUAUUAUCAAAAGUAAUUGCACAUUAACUACUGUAUAAAAAGUAAAAGAAUAAGAGAAAAGUCAAAGGAUACAGCUGAAUAUCUUAAUAAAAAUUUGUAACAAAGGUU